AUGGAAGAUGUAACAAAUACUGCUUUAACCAUCUCCCACAUCAUUCAGCGUGGCCGCCCCCUCACGGCCGCCUCACCUCUCGUCGCCGCCCGUCCUAUCUUCAUCUCAAAGCCCCAAAAGAAUCCUGGCCAUGACAAUCGGAAGAAACCCUCUUCUGCUACCCUGCAAGAUCCUAACCCUAAGACGCUCGAACCUUUGAAUCAGCCGACCACCCUCGUCGGAGCUCUUACACUGCCCUCUUUCUUUGAGCUUACCUCACCGAUCAAGUGCAGUUGCUUUCAGUUUUCUGAUUAUUCCGCUACCAUUUGCUGUGAUGUCUUGGACUUCGACCCAAUAAUGAUUGGCAGAGAGAUUAAGGUCCUCGCUUGGAAUUUUAUUCCUCUGAAAUGUGAUAAUAAGGGUGUCAAGAGUGGGUUUCUGGAGAUUAUUUCCUGGGAUUUUCUCCAAGCAUGGACUGGGGAAGUUUGUUGUUAUCCGAAUUUGGGUCCGUGUUACUUAAAUUUUGGAGCUUGUGACGUUAAGGAUAAAAUCAAAACUAGCUGUUUGAUUUUUGGUGCUAUUGAGUCCAUAAGUCCUGUAUUUGUUGUUCCUUGCACAAAUGGGGAGAGUAGUUCGAAAAAUGUUAGUGGGUUUCUUGUUAGUCUUCUUACCUGUCAGUGCGAAUUUUGUGCUUCGAAAUUUCUGGUACGGCAACUGAAAGAUCUGAGUGAGAUUAAUGUCAAAGACCAUUAUUUUAGUAAGACAGCGAUUGCGUACUUUUGUGGCUCGACAUCAUCAUGGCAUCCCAUGAUGUCACGGUUUAUUGGCAACAUAGUUCUUUUAAUGGGUUUAAAGAAAAGACUGGUUUAUAUAAAGAAAGAAGAGUCUCAACUGAUGCACGUAACAACAGAUGAAACAUCAUUGCACAUUGCUAUGGUCAAGGUUCAAGGUCGCAUUCACAAUGCAAAAAUCAGAAGAAAUGCUGAAUUUGGUAACUAUACUGGGGUCAUUACUGGUAUUUACAUGAAGGGAGUGGUUGUUGAGUUAGAUCGAGAUGUUAUAUUAUUAUUAACAGAUCAGCAUAUCAAUGUGCCACACAGUGUCAGACUUGGUGCAAUUGCAAAGGGCUUCAGACUAGUCAUAGAAGGCAUGCCCCCAAAGCUGGUUGACUUGGAUUCAACCAUAUAUCAGCCUUUAUCUUGCCGAAGUAUUUUUAGUAAUGCGCUACCCCUAAAAAGGAUGAAGUUGUCGAUCUAUCUAUGUAACUGUUUGAUUGAUGAAGACUCUAGAGGCCAUUCUGUUUUCUUUGAAUUGACUGAGAAGUCCCAGAAGCUUGAAAAUGCAAAAUUUCACUUGCUUUUGUUGACACACAAAUUUCCUAUUAAGCAAAAGUUUCAAGGAGAUCUAGCAAAGGGGUCCAACAUGUUUGCUCAGGCAAUCAUCUUGCCCUGGGAUUUGCUUCUUCAUGGGGCAAGUAGAGAUACGGUCAUGAUCGCGGCUCCCUCAGAAUAUAGUAAGGUUUCUGUAGAAAGCAUAGCCAGACAUGAGAACCAUCUUGUACAUAAGAGAAGAAAACCUGAGCAAAUUCCAAUUAAGGUUUCCAAUGGUGGUCUGAAUGAUGCUCGGAAUGGAAUAAGUGAUUCCUGUAGUUCUUGCAGCAACCCUUGCGUUUGGAAUAAUCCACUAGAACUGCCUUGUGUAGUUGCCACUAAAGGUGUAAGUAGUUAUUGCACGGGUAUGCUUUUUUGUGCUAAUGAGCUUACUGAGAUUGUUUGUGUCUGCAAACUACCAAUGAGGAAGGUAUUACUGGAAUUCGACCCUGAUAGCUUUAGCCGAUACGAGGUGUCCAAAAUUGGUCGUUGUUACCUAGUUUCACAUCAAGAUGGAGACAUGUUAUGUUCUAUAAAAGAAAAUUAUCAAGUCAGCCGUGCUAAAGUUAACAUUAGUUCUGGUACCAUUCUCAGAAGUAUUUCGUUCUCAUCAAUCGAAAGUCUCCAUAGUUCUCAUCUCUCCAAUGCAUUUCCAUGUCCGCCUAAUAAUGAUGUGGACAGUAAGAUUCAUUCAGAAAUUAGCGUGUUUGUCCCUUCCAGUGCUCUAAAUUUACUGGAGAGUUUCACUAAGGCAUGGGAGAGGGGUCCUUCUGGGCGAAAUUACUCUCUCGAGGAAGUUGACAUCCUUGACCCUGUUCAGCCUGUGAUAGAUGCAUCCAUGCAGUCUUUAAGCAUUUCAUGUUCUAAUUGCAAUUUGCCCGAAGGAAACCUAAUAACUUUACACGGUCUUGUAGUUGCUUUGCAUGAAUGUAAUGAUGAUGCUUUUCCUGCACAACCUAAGCCUAUCAUAGCUGGUGAAGGUUAUUUACCGAUGUUUCACAAUGGGAAUGGUGGUGGUGUAUGUGUGCAUGUUUUGGUGGACAGUCGAAUGGCCAGAAUCAUCUGUGAUGUAGGUAAACAAACUUUCCCUGUUGGCUUAGGCAGGGAUACUUAUGCAACCUUUCACCGGAUCCUUGUAGUAAGUGGGCAGGACAAGUAUAUGAUGACCCCUGUAUCUUUCAUCACGAUCAACAACACAUCCUUGAUGAAUAAAAUACUCGCUGACGAGGAAUAUGAUGCCUGUACACCUGCUGUAGGCUUAACUGGUAGAACUAUUCCGGAAGUCAUUCCCAUAUCACUAAUCUGUGAUGCAUUCCAAUGGUUAGAGCCUAAAGUGAUGCAAUUUCAUUGCAGGGUUGUAGCUGUUUAUACACUUCUAGUAGAGAAAGCUGGAACAAGUGCAGUUUCUCAAUCAAGUGCAACCUCUGAACAAUCUGCUUUGGGGAUACCAUUUGCUGGUUUUGUCAUAGAUGAUGGGUCAUCCUGCUGCUGCUGUUGGGCUGACUCUGAGAUGGCUGCAAUCUUACUUGGGUUGGAGCCCAAAGAGCAUUUACUUCAAGAUUCAGCAGAAACUUUGGGGGUAUCCAAAUCUGGCACGGGCCCACAAUGCAGCUCCACUAUAAACCAACUCAACCAGAUGUUAGAGAAGCAUGGCAGAAUUGUGGUGAAAAAUUAUGGGUCCUUGUUUGAUUCUUCGUGCCAAGACCUUUCAUUUUCUGUUGGUUCGGAUGGAUUAAUUGUUAGCUCGGAUGAAGACCUUCUUAGAAGCUUGAUUGCUGAUGCUAUUUCUAGUGUGUCUUGGACUAUUGAUGGCAACCUCAUGGAUGCAAAACUUUGUAGCUGGUUGCAAGAGCACUUGACUAAAGUGGAUAUGGCGGUUCCAACACUGCUGAAUAUAUGGGCGACAAAUGUUGGUCACACGGACGUGCUUGAAGAAGCUAGGAACAUCAUUCGAGGGUUCAAACUAUGA